UCGAGGAGUUUCUCGUUGCAACUCUCUAGCUUCUAGGUAGUCUUAGUUAGAGCUUCUUUACAAAGGACUUUUAUUGUAGCAUCAGGAUCACUACACUCGGCAGAUAAACUCAACCCCACUGCAAAACAAUGGCCUGGGGUUGGAGUCAGAUGGCGUUCACACUACAACUUCCAAUCUCUUGGUAAUAAUUAUCCCCUCAUACCUCAACUAGAGGUCGAUAUGAUUUUGUCCAGGGAUGUAUUUUUAUUCAUUUUCGAAACCCCCUUAAAAUCGGAGGCGGGUACACCCGCCAACUUCACCAUCGUCCGCCGUCCAUCGCGCGUCUCUUCUCCGCAAAUACCUACGUACCUACCUACCUACCUAGAUAAACCGCCGACAUAAGGGCCGGCAGGAGAACGUGCCGCAAUGAACACCGACCCGCAAUCAUACAUCCUCUCCGAGGCCGACUCGCGCGCAAUAUUCGAACAAACCAUCGUCCCCGCCGAACUCAGCUUUCUCCCGCCCCCCUCCACCAACCCUAACCCCUCUAGGACCCCCCUCGCCGUCCUAAUAAUCGGCCAAACCGGCUCCGGCAAAACGCGCACCUCCCCACUCCUCAAACGCACCAUAACCCAUCUCCGCGGGCCUCCCGCGCACUUCAUCGCAGACACAUACAAAACCUACCACCCCUCGUACUCGCCUCUCCUCUCCGCGCACCCGUCCCUCGCCUCCCCGGCCACGGGGCCCGACGCCCGGCGCUGGCUACUUAUGGCCGCCACGUUAGCCGCGGACUCGCGCGCGGACGUGCUCCUCGAGUCCGCGGCGCGGCACCCGGACGACUUCGCCGCUCUGGCGCGCUUGUACCGCGGCCGCGGGUACCGGGUCGAAGUCGUCGUGCUAGCCGUGCCCGCGGCGCUAAGUCGGUUGGGUGUUUUGGCGCGGUAUCACGAGGGCUUGCCUGAGGCGGGGCCCGCGGGUGGGUUGCCGGUACGGUUGACGCCGCGCGGGGUCCAUGAUGAGUCGUACAAGGGGGUUUUGGAGGCUGCUGCUUUUGUGGAUGGGGAAGGGGGAAAUGGAGGGGGGGAUGGUGAUGGGGACGGGUAUGUGGUGGACCAGGUCGUUGUUGUGCGCCGCGAUAAUGUGGUCGCGUACGCGGAUGAGCGCGAGGAUGGGGUUUGGAGGUGGGGACCGGGUGUUGCGCGGGCAGUGCGCGCAGAGCGGGAGCGCCCUUUGACGGCUGUAGAGAGGAUAGGGGCGCGGGAGAGUAUGCGCAGGUUGAGAGGAUUGAAUGUGCCGGGUUUGGAAAGCCAGUUGGAGGAAAUCGAGGAGCUGUUGAAACCGCUCCUGGUCGAUUCGGAUGCUGGGGUAUAUGCGCCGCUGAGACCACUGUCUCUGCCUAGUUCGUCUCAAGAUGAGCAGUUUGAUAUCGAGGCGGGCCUUAGGCUUGGAAUGAUAUGAUUUUAAAACAAAUACUGGUAAUAAGAGCGCUCUAUGACGUAGAAACCUUUUGGAGCGUUUCUGAUAAUACCUCAUUGAUUUGCCCCUUUCUUAGGAUAUGGACCAGUACGGACGAGAGUUACGCACGAAUACUUUUCCGGCUAGCCACAGGCUACGAUGUA